AAUGUACAAACUCAGUUAUCAGUCUUCAUAGAAAACGUCCAGGCCGUGUUUUGUUGUGUAAUUAUUCUACCAUGAAUUUUUUGGUUGAUGGCUAGCCUAGAGCUACUGUACACAUACACGGUAACAAGCUGUAUUUUUAGCACAUCCCUAAGCUGUUUUUUGAAAAAAAAAAAAAAAAAAAGUACCUCAAACGGGUGUGUACGAUUUAUAUAUGUAUCGCCCGUCUUGUUAGAAGUCCAAUAAAAUGCAUAUUCUACUGCAAAAUAGUGGGAUUUUAAUGUUACGGCAACGGCGGUGCAGUGUACAAAAUAAAAUUUUAGGGUGCGACUGGCUACAGAUCCCUCGGGUCACUCCACAAAUGACACGGACUUCAGCUUCUGCUGUUCCUACACAUUCUGAAGAGAUGCCUGUAAAACAAAUCUCUAGCACCAUUACUUUUCACAGCUGUGACAAUAUGCACAAGUCCCUCACACCUACAGAAAGGAAUGCUACAAAACCUCUGUUACUGUUGCUACCAUGGCUUGGUUCACGGAGCCAUGCUGUUAGCAAGUAUCGUGAGGUGUAUUUCCAGCUUGGUUUUGACGUUUUGACCGUGGAAAGUAAAUUGAUUCAUUUCCUCUGGCCACGCUAUGGUUUAUCCUAUGCUGCUGAGGUUCUAAGCUUGUUACAGCAGCAGACUUUUUCUUCCCGCCCACUGUUUGUCCAUUGCUUUUCUGUUGGAGGAUACACAUUUACACAGAUGCUGCGUCACAUGACUGAAGACCCACAGCAGUAUGCUGCAGUGAUGUCCAGGAUUAAGGGUCAUAUUUAUGACAGUUUAGUAAUUGGAAGUCUUCAACAUAUGGCAGUAGGUGUUGCACAGAUGAUCCACACAAAUCCUAUGAUUCAGUUAUUAUUAAAGAGGAGUACAAUGCUGUAUUUUUCCACACUGAAGGGUUGUACUGUGGAUUAUUAUGACACUGCUGUUAAUUUGUUCUGGAAGGCUCCACUUAAGUCACCUGCACUUUUCUUCUAUUGUGAAAAUGAUGUUCUAAGUGAUCAUGUGUCACUAAAGAAACUGUUGGAGGUCUGGCGCCAAGCUGGAGUAUCUGUCUUUGAAAAGGGCUGGAAAAAGUCAAUACAUGCUGGACAUCUCCGCACUCAUCAGCAGCAGUAUUUAGAUACACUACACCACUUCCUGCAGGGGCUACAAAUUCAGAUUCCACUGAAGUCAAAGUUAUGAUAUUUAGUGUGCUUGUAAUAACCUCUAUCUUUGUAAUUUCAAAAUGAUUUUGAGUGUUUAAACAUGGAAGAGCAGCUGUAAAUGGAGCACUGUGGAUGCACCAUUAGACCUGAUGCCUUAACAGUUAUGCAGAUCAUUCUGUUGCUGUUUAGCAAAGCAACCUUACCCUCAAGCUGUGAUUAGUAUAACUGAGUCACUUGGUGCUAAAUCCAAAAGGAACACGUCCAUAUUAAGUUAUGACAUUAAAGUUACAUACUUCACAUGUUCAUUAUUUUAGCCAUUCAUUUAAUUUAUACACACACUCCUGAGGGCUUUUUCUAUUCUUUGCUUUACUGCAUAUGGUGUAUGGGCCCUAGCAUGUUGCAUUUUCCUCAGAGCAGAUUAUAUAUAUGGUGUGCAUAUUUAUAAGGUCAAAAAGUAACUCCUUUGACUUAUUAAGAUCAUAUUUUUUUACAGACUGAGCAGAUGUAUUACUUAAGGUUUUGUAUAUUCAUAUAAGUCUGAUAUUAUUAUAUAAUUAUUGUGAACUUCUGUUUUUGCCAUGCUAAUAAUUCUGCUACAUUAAUAUAAACUAUGAAAUGUUGCCUUAAUAUUUUGGCUUUAGUGACAGUCUAGGCUGAGUCAGUGGUUGCUUUAAGCUAAAACAGAAGAAAGUGCCAAGAUGGAAGAACUGGUAUUUGCAGAUAUUUCCUGAAGAAAGAAAGAAAGAAA